AUGUGGCUAUUUUGUUAUUUAUUUAUUUAUUUAAAUCCUCAAUUCUCAAGCAAAGCAACAAGAAGAGGAAGCCACAUCGCUCUCCGCCCGACCACCGCCGCCACCGCCGCCGCCGCCACCAUGUCGUCCGCCCCUUCGCCGGCGUCCUCCGCCAGCUCUCCUCCGCUGGAAACCCCCUCCGCUCCUCCCACAAUCGCGACUCCGCCCGCAACCAGUCCCACCUCCAUUCCACCUUCCACGCCCUCGCCACUUCUCCUCCCGACUCCGCCCUCCGCUUCACCUCCUCCUCCGUAUGUAGCCUCCGAUCGGUCUCCACCCUCCUCGCAUUCUCCUCCGCCGCCUAAAGCGCCGUCGACCAGGUCUCCGACCACGCCGUCGUCGUCGUCCUCUUCCAGCUCUAGCUCCAUCUCCACGCCGGUUGUCGUCGGGGUGGCGGUGGGUGGAGUGGUGAUCCUCUUGAUGCUGAGUUUCAUCUGCGUUUUUUGUUGGAGAAAGAAGCGGCCGGUGCCGCAUUCGCCGCCACAUUACUAUCGAGCUUCACUUCCGCCUCCAAAGGCAGCGAAAGGUGAUCGAUAUGGUGAAUAUUGGCAACAAAAUGCUCCUCCAGCAAAUCAUGUUGUGAAAAUACCUCCAGGGCCACCUCCUCCUCCUCCAUUUGCUUCUCGUCCACCACUCUCUCUGAGCCAUUUGGCACCUCCAGCUCCGCCUCCACUGCCUAUGAUAAAUAGCAGUGGAGGUUCUGGUUCCAAUUAUUCCAUGUCUGAGACACCACUGCCUCCACCAUCUCCUAGUGUUGUUCUUGGAUUGUCGAAAAACACUUUUACCUAUGAAGAACUGGCCAUGGCAACAAAUGGAUUCUCUGAUGCUAAUCUCCUUGGACAAGGUGGUUUUGGUUAUGUGCAUAGAGGAGUGAUUCCAAAUGGCAAAGAAGUUGCAGUAAAGCAAUUGAAAACUGGAAGUGGACAGGGUGAGCGUGAAUUCCAAGCGGAGGUUGAGAUCAUCAGCCGUGUGCAUCACAAGCAUCUUGUAUCAUUGGUCGGAUACUGUAUUGCAGGAGGCAAGAGGCUGCUUGUUUACGAAUAUGUUCCUAACAAUACAUUAGAGUUCCAUUUGCAUGGGACUGGCCGACCAACCAUGGAAUGGCCUAUAAGAUUGAAAAUUGCUUUGGGUGCUGCAAAGGGAUUGGCUUAUCUUCACGAAGACUGCCACCCGAAGAUUAUUCACCGUGACAUCAAAGCAUCCAAUAUUCUCCUUGAUUACAAGUUUGUGCCAAAGGUUGCAGAUUUUGGGCUCGCAAAGAUUGCCUCUGACAAUAACACCCAUGUUUCCACAAGAGUUAUGGGAACCUUUGGUUAUCUGGCACCUGAAUAUGCAUCUUCAGGCAAACUCACUGAUAAAUCAGAUGUCUUCUCAUUUGGCGUCAUGCUUCUGGAGCUAAUCACUGGGCGACGCCCUGUCGAUUCAUCCCAAACUUUCAUGGAUGACAGCUUAGUUGACUGGGCAAGGCCAUUGCUCACUCAAGCUCUCGAGGAUGGCAAUUAUGGUGCCCUCAUUGAUCUGAAGUUGGGAACGAACUAUAAUCCUAACGAGAUGGCUUCCAUGAUUGCCUGUGCUGCGGCUUGUGUGCGUCACUCGGCACGGCAACGACCAAGAAUGAGCCAGAUCGCCCGAGCUUUAGAAGGAGAUGUAUCACUCCACAACUUAAACCAAGGCGUCAAACCUGACCACAGUAAGCUUUACAGCUCCUAUGGCAGUGGCUCAGAUUACAAUUCCAAACAGUACAUUGAGGACACAAAGAAGUUCAGGAAAAUGGCAAUGCCUACUCAAGAACACACCAGCAGCGAGUACAGUGCAGCGACCAGUGAGUAUGGCCAGGUCCCAUCGGCCUCCAGCAGUGAAGGCCAACAUACACGAGAAAUCGAGUUGGGGAAGAAAAUUCGAUAUGGUUAUGGUUAUGACACAAAUUUGUGAUCCGAUCCAUUCAAUGAGGAUAGGCUUUGAAGAACUCUUACAGGUUUUAACGAAUGUUUGUUGUUCUUUUGAUUCAACUGAUUCUUGUGAUGUAAAGGUUGAGAUGAAACAUAUUUCUUGUGGAAUUAGAUUGAUUUCUGAUGUAAAGAAUGUAAAGAAGAGAUUUUUAACAGAUGAUUUGUGGCAAUGAAGAAGAGUUUGGAAA